UAAAGCCCAGUGAGCUCGAGCUGUCGGCAAUCCCCAGCGAUCCUGUCGCCUGGCAACAAGCAAACUUUUCCUUCAGUCUCAGAGCCUGUGUUGUUUACCAUGAGCUUCUCCGCUUAAUACAGCCAAGUGUUUCUUCAAACUAUGAACUUUUAGCUUAGAAACAGGCCCAACAUACAACUGCAAUGUCGAAAACAUCCAAGAAAAAAGCGUCGUCAACCAGCCUCGUCGCUUCUUCGCCAGGACAAUCUCCCAAAAAAGACGCUUCUUCAGCAGUGGUCAGUUCAUCAGAAGGCCCAGGAGAACCACAGAGAAGCCACCUGCCUCUCUGGCCAGAGUGGAAUGACACUGAGGUUAAUGCUGAGAAAUGGGAUGCGGUCAAAGCUUCUAAGGACAGCAAGAACCUCUUUGAUGAUCCAGAGGGUAAAGUUGAACUUCCAGCCUCUUUGAGAGUUCACACCUGGAAACGUCCUUCAGAAUACAUAGUUAAUAAGACUCCUGUUGUUGUGGAUAAUGAAGUUGCUUUUGACCUUACCUCAGCAAAUGAACAUUUACUUUCAAGUGAGCUGAUGCGAUGGAUCAUUAGUGAGAUUUACAUUUUGUGGAAAGUCUGCAAUACAGGAGAGGGAAAGCCUGUCUCUGCGGAAACAGUUCCCAACACUUGGAAACCCUGGGAACAAAUCUACUCUCUGUGUAAAGCAGGAAAGGACCAUAUACCCCUCUACAAUGCCUAUGGGAAGUAUGUUAUUAAACUCUACUGGAUGGGAUGUUGGAGGAAGAUUACGGUUGAUGACCUGUUACCAUUUGACAAGGACAACAAUCUUCUACUUCCUGCUACUCUUAACCAAUCAGAGCUUUGGCCCAUGCUGUUGGCCAAAGGAAUACUGAAGGUGGCCAGUACUGAUGUUCCUGUCUCCAGCUCCGGGAGGGAGUUGGGAGAGUUUACAGUCAUCCACUCUCUCACUGGCUGGAUUCCAGAGAUGAUUCCUCUAAAAUCCUGGUAUACAGGAAACAUUUGGAAAUUCCUGAAGGAAAAUAUUCCAAAAUUCCAGUAUGAAGAAGAAAGCUCAGAGGAGAAGGCCAAGCCUGCUGACGACACAACUGCAAACGAUUCUGAUGUGAACGAGAUAAAUAGUGAAACUGACACAGCCACUGCUGUUACACCUAUACCUGAAAUUGUUGUGUGUGCCAGCUACCAACCCCUGCAUCUUUUGGAGAAAAGGACCUCAGUUCUUACAAAGAUGGCCGACUCAUCUGAGAGUCUAAGGCAGUAUGGCCUUUCUCAGCUGUACAGUCACCCUGUGCUGCUUACUAGGACUCGAGACUGCCCCCUAGCAGCCCCACCCAAACCACCCCCAGUCCCCAACUGGAAGCUCAUCCGCCCACGCAAGCAGACCAGCAUCACAGAUGAACCCAAAGAGCCCCCUGUUCAGAAGCCAGAGGAGUUCAUAGAGGUUUGCAGCCCCUUCAUCAACUUCAAACUCAUGACUGUGGCCGCUCAUGACAUGGACCAGGGUGCUGUAAAGAGGCGUGGCUAUAGCUCUAAUCUGGCUUCCUUCACUGAAAUAGAUGAUAGCGAGAAUGACCACCCCCAAACUGACAUCAACCAAAACAGUCCUAAUACGUUGGAUGUCACCGAAACCAAUCAGGUAACGGCAGAGGACAAGAAUAAGGGCGAAAGUAUAGCCAAUGAUGCAGACAGAGCGGAAUCAACUUUAAAAUCUGAGAAAGAGAGCGACGAUAAGGAUAAAGAGAGGGUGCAGACAGCCAAAGAGUCAAAUUCUACAGUGCUUCAGUCCCAGGAUGAGUCUGACAAACCCUUGCUGCAGGACACAUGGGUGGAUCUUCACAACUUCACUAAAUGCUUCCAAAUGCUGUUGGUUUUUCACAAGCCAAACACAUAUGCACAUCAAUGCACAACAGCCCACUGUCAGAACUCUGUUUCCUCUCGACUGUCUGCUUCUCAACUGUCCAACGCAAUGGCCUCCACCCACUCCGUUACUGCUUCUUCUAGACAACCUGAAUCUAACACAACUUAUCACACACAGUCUACAGAUGGGAAAUGUACACACUUUCUGUUUGUGGACAACCUGUUACCCACUGAAUUUGUCAUCUGUUUCUCAGCAUUAGCACAGUGGGGAGAAAGUAUGGAGGAGAAAGGCGUGUCUCCUACCAGGCCUGGUUUCCUGACAGCUAGGCCAUUCUCAUGGAAGAGCAUCGUCUCUGGACUCCCUGUGUUGCAGAUCCAGACCACAGCUAGUAAAGCUGCAUUACUAUCACUUCCUCCUGGGCGUCAUGUUCUUCAUAUUCAAACAAGGGCUUCAUUUGCCAUCCAUGUACAUCUUUGCAGUAUGUCUCCCUUCGUGUUUGGUGAUGAGGAGACCGUAAUGCCACACCUUGACAAGGAGAGUCUAAGGUUCUGCGAGCAGGCCACAAUGAUUCUGAGAGCUCUGGCUCGUGUGGUCAGCUGCUUUUCAGAUCCUGAGGCACUGCCCUCAGCUACCAAAGAUCUUGAAAGGACCCAUGGCGUAGGCAUACAGCAGCAAAGGGUCUUUAAUGAGGCUGUUUAUCAAAUGUUCUGCACUGCGCUGGGGCGGAAAUUGACCUCAGAUGAGCUGUUUGCGGUGCAGACUCUGACCGGAGACCCAUCAACACACGGCAGCAAUGAAAAAGCAGCGGACUCGCAGUCAGAAAGCAACCCUGAGGGAUGGAACGGCAGGCAGGCCACUGACCAGGAAAUGCAGGCAGCUACUGUCCUACAGGCAGGUUGGAAGGGGUACUUGGUCAGAGAAAUACUCACUGCAGCAAGACCAGGCACCAAGGAAAAUCUGAGUGUCACAAAGACUCUGGAGGAGAUGUGGGUUUCUGUGGAGUCAGAUUUAGAGAAACAUGCUGUAGCUUUGCUGAGACACAUGGUUGAUAAUGGUGAAGGAAUAGCAGAGCUCUACGAUUGCAGAGAAGAUGAGUGCAACAGAAUAACAUUCACUGACUAUUCAGUACCUGUACCAGAGGUGGCAAACUCCUGGAUUUUGAUCUUCAGGGAGGUGUUUCAUGUUCAUAAGAACAUGCUUCUUGCUUCCAAGAUCUACUCUCUUCUCCCUGUUUGUAUUUUGCAUGUCAUAAAUAAUGAUACUUUAGAGGAAAUCCCCAGAGUCUUUAACAGGGUAGAGCCACACUUGUACACCCCAAACAAGAGCGGUUACACGUUUGUAGCUGAGGCACAUACUGGAGACACACCCCUGACGGGUGGAAAAUGGAGCAUGCGCCUGAUUGGCUCCCGAGAACCAUUACCAAAGCUGGCUAAAGAAACGCCAAACAGUAACUUCUCUGUUAAAGAGUUGAAAGGUUACUACAUCCCUAAGAGACAGAACAUCAUCUGCAGACAUAUGGUAAAAGUCUCCAGUGAUCACAUUGCUACUGUGCAGUUUCAGACUUCACAAUCAGAUGUCUACAUUAAACUCACUAUCUUAGACAAUGAAAAAGAGGUCAUCAGCAACCAAGGCAAAGGCCAUGUCAUCAUCCCAGUCUACUGCUUCUUAGCCGGCAAUGGCGGUUCUGUGGCCCAAACGGGGGCGAGUCAGGAUCAGGGCGGCAUUACAGCAGAAGGGACUCUGACAGGAGGAAAGGAAGGGAGUGACCGGCACCCUACGGACACACUGGUUCAUAAGUAUUGUAUACAGGCCGAGGUGUUGCGGGAGAGCUGGCCUUUAAAUGAAUCUCUUGCCUCCUUCAUUCAGAAUCUAAGAGACGAGGAGCGCAAUGAAAUGAAAGUGUUUGGGGAUUUUUUGGACGGCACUUCUGCAUCUGUUGGUGCAGAUCAGCAAAACAAAGAUGGCCAGAAAUCUGCUCCUAAAUCAACACACAAGGUCAAGGAACGAGAAAAGGACAAAGACAAACUAACAUUCAAGUCGAGUUUCAUUAUGGGCCAAGUCAGUAAUUUGGAUGCAACUAAGCCUCACUGGACCCUGCGUGUGGUGAGUGACCAAAGUGAAGCAGGAACUAUAGAGGUAAAGAAAGACACCGAAAAACUAGAGGAGAUCAGAGCGAUGAAACUGGCCUGGGAAAGUGCUGAGCCUGGCAGAGCAGCAAAGGCUCAUCAGAACCGGCAGCGCUAUCUCAAACAGCUACAAGCAAAUGCGGAGGGCAAAGAGCCUAUCACAGCUGAGACAGGCGCGCCUCAGUCCCAACAGAGCGGAGAGAUCAGCGUCCUCUCAAAGAACAUUAGCAAAACUGACAUCGAUUAUACACCAUUUUUUAGGAAGUCUUUGCCCCAGCCUCGUCUGAAGGAUGAACUGAUUGAGGAGGAACAGAGAAGGGAACGUUCAGAGAAGUUCCAAAGCUUCCGUCUCAUCUGGGACAACAUUCUGGAACAACGGAAACAGGAAAAUAUUACACGCAGGGAAAUGAUGAGACGACUGCUGGAGACUUACGUUGGUUUUCAGGAUGCUAUGGAUGCGUACCGGCAAAAGAUGCUCAAGGCCCGCGAGGCAUAUCGUACCCAUGUCUUAGAGCAGCAGUCUCUUAAUAAGGAAGAAGUGUCUGUGGAAGCAACUGAACAGGUGGAGAAAAACCCUACUCAGAUUCAACCAGGUGCACGUAAGAGUGCAAACAAGAAGAAAUGAUCUGAUUGGUCACAACUAUACAACAUUAAACUGGAGUGGUCUGUACUUUAGGUACAAUGAUUAAUUUUAUUGAUCUGCUUAUUAGAAAUUUCACAUGAUCUCUUUCUGUUAUUUUGUAGUUUAAUAGUUACUGUUAGAUUUGUUUAGAAUUUGAUCUAAAGGAUAUCAAUUGUGACUUUUUUCAGUUAAUCGCUUAGUUCGUCAAGUUAUUUAUUUAUAUAGUGUUAUUUAUCCCCCUUUGCAGUCUUGAAAGACCUGUCAGCAUGAGCUUAAAGCAUUGAUGCUCAAUAAAGAUAAUGCCCUAUAGCAUUAGUUUCUAUUAUUUAACUUGGCAGAUCAGCUCAUUAUCACAAAGAGCUCAAAGUCAAAUACAAUGUAACUUAUUGAUUAUAUACAUUAUGACCAGAAUACA